AUGGAAAAAAUCUCAAGUGGUAAAUUAGGAGAUGGAGGACAAAGAAGCAGCAAGCGUCCUAGGAGAUCGAGGAGUGCAAGUCAACCUCGAAUCAACUACCGAGAAGAAAAUUCUGAGGAAGAAGAGGAUCCUGCGGAAGAUGAAGAAAGUGCAACAGAUGAACAGACAAAUGAACCACAAGGACACGAAGAAAGAGAUGAAAUUUGUUGUGCAAGAAGUGUGGCUCAACAGCUGGGAGCAGGACUUUCCAAAAAUGGUCCCGUUUCUUGGAUCGUGUCCGACCCUGAACUUCUUGAUUGCCCCAUUUGCUUCGAGCCCUUGACCAGUCGUGUAUUUCAGUGUGAAGAUGGGCACAUAGUUUGCUCUCUUUGUUGUACUCGAUUGGGAAGAUGUUCUACCUGCCCUUUGCCUGUUGGAAAUAUCCGCUGCAGGGCGAUUGAGAAAGUUUUAGAAUCUGUCAAAGUAAGAUGCCCAAACACAAACUUGUUUCGUUACAGCCUCCAGAAGGAUCAUGAGCAGACAUGCCAGCAUGUACCUUGUUCGUGCCCUCUUUCACACUGCAACUUCAUCAGUACAUCCACCAAGUUAUACCAACAUUUCAGUGAGAAGCAUCAGAAUUCAGCUGUACACUUCAUGUACAACAGAGUCCUAAACAUUGUCUUGAAUGUCGAUAACACGUUUAUUGUCCUUCAAGAAGAGAAAUAUGGUGACCUUUUCAUUCUCAACAAUAUGAUUGAACUCCGUGGGAAUGUAAUAUCUGUUACUUAUAUUGCUCCUCCGGCAAGGAAGGAGAGUCUCGUAUACGAUCUCAUGGCAAGGUCUGGUGGAAUCUCCCGCAGAUUCCAGUCAUUAGCAAAGACCAUUCAGAAGGGGGAUGAUAAUAUACCUGCUUUGGAAGAGAGUCUUCUGGUACCAGCUGACAUGUUUGGUUAUUAUGGGCAGCUCAAAUUGCAAAUUCUCAUAUCCAAGUCAAGGAAUUAA